AUGGCUACAAGGCUUGAAACAUGGUCCAAAUUAGAAGUGCGUAGUGUUGUGCGGUUUUUGACAGCCAAAGGUUUAUCACCUACAGAAAUUCAUAAGGAAUUAGUGGCAGUUUAUGGGGAAGCUGUAAUGAGUAGGAAACAAGUAUCGGUUUGGAGCAAUGCUUUUAAACAUGGUCGUGUAAACUUGGAAGACAAACCAAGAUGCUGA